AUGAGUUCAUCCACCCCCGCAACGGAGGUCCUCCCCCGCUUCCGGCAGCUCUUCACCGAGCUCGAAAAGCGUUUCCAAUCAACCACCCUAGGCAACGAUAAAUGGUACAUCCUCGCCAUCUCCACCCUCGCCGCAAGUCCCGAUCCCGAGCGCGCAGACCAACUCUACCUCCAUCUCUGCUCGCAACCGGGCAACACAACCCCAACCUCCCGACAAGCCAUCAUCCGCCGCCUCCGCGAAGCCCUCAUCAAAGCCGUGCCAAUAGUCGGCGUCUGCAAACCAAUCGAAGCAAUCCUCUCAAUCGGCAAAGUCGAGCGCGAAGAAGAUAAAGAUUACACGUUUACCCGCGAACGCUGGGCAUGCGAUGAAGCCAACCAUGACCGCGGCACGGCGUGGAUGCAGAAGCUUUAUUCGCGGAAUACCACGGGCACGUUGAAUCUGUUUGCGGCGCAUAAGGACUUUUCCUGGUUAUCGGAGGAGAUUACCUAUGGGUUGUUUUUGUCGGAUAGACAGGUUUUGGAUGAUGUCGAUACGCAGCUUGUUGUGUUGCCUGGGAUUAUGAGCCAGAAUUUGCCGAAUGAGACGCAUUGGCAUAUUCGGGGCACGAGGCGGUUGGGGUUGCCUAAGGAGGAGGUACAGGUUAUUUGGGAUUGUGUGCAGCUUGUGGCGGAGUUUUUUGAUGUCAAGCUGAAUAAGGUGCCUACUGUUGAGCAGGUCGAGUACGAUGUUUAG